AUUCGAGUUGAGUCGAGCGGUCAACAUUGAACGGGUGAAAAGCUGAGCUAGUGUUUUUUGUGCAACACUUAAACGUCAUCAAACGCAACAGGGCUUGUUGAGUGUUUGUUUUAGUAGAUCGUCUACGCUGUUAAAAUAUCGUUAAAAUAUUACCAAUAAGCAACAGACAUUUGGCCCGGUGCUGAAAAUGAAUAACAACAUCAACGGCACCGUCGAUGGGCACAGUACGGUGGAGUAUACGUCAUUAGAUGCAUCCGUGAAGGAGCUGAUCGAGGCGGCGAUCAAAGUCCGUAACAACGCCUACUGCCCCUACAGCAACUUUCCAGUGGGCGCGGCCUUGCGAACCGUUUCCGGGGAAAUCAUAACCGGAUGCAACGUGGAGAAUGGCACCUUCGGUCCCAGCGUUUGUGCCGAACGGACGGCAGUUUGCAAAGCUAUCAGUGAGGGCCAUCGUGAGUUUACAGCCGUAGCUGUUGCCGCUUUCCAAGAAUCGGAAUUUACAGCCCCAUGCGGCACCUGUCGCCAAACACUGGCCGAAUUCAGUGCCAAAGAUGUCCCAAUUUAUCUAGUCAAACCAUCACCCGUACGGGUGAUGAUAACAUCACUGUUUAAGCUGUUGCCCCACGCCUUUUCGCCCACCUUUCUGAACGCCAAGUAAUGCACGCGAAUGGUUUGAACAUACCGUAAAAAUCCGUUCCAGCACUUAAUGGGGGCGUGGUGUGUGUUCGCUGGCGAUAACUAAUCUCAGGAUGUAGAUGGCUUGUGUCACCAAAGUUUUUUUACCAUAAAGUUUUCUUCUGCAGCACAAUUCUAAACCAAGUAAAAUGAUAAUCCUUUUUUACGGUUCCCCUUACGAAGGUCGCAUUUGGCGCUUUAUUGCAUCACUCCAAUAGCGCUUUAUCUGUGACGUCACGCUCCUUCAAAAACUUUAGCUGAUCGAGGUAUUCGGUGUAAAUGCGUUGCCACUUUGUUUGCAUUUUCAAGUGGUUCAGAACGUCCUCCAUGAACACAUGUUUCGAAAUGCCGAGCACGGACGGGUCAGUGUCGUCGCUCAUUCGUGCGUCCAAGCUCUGCGUAGCUCCCAGCAACUCGUCCAGUACCUGUCGAAUCUUGUCUUCGCUGCCGUUGAGCGCUAAUUGGAAACCCAACAUCGAGUACCAGUACUUUAGCUCCACGGGCGAGCUUAUCAUUUCACAUAUCUUGAUUUGAUUUUCAAUAAAUGAAAUCGCUGCUGGUGUUUGCCACGUUGCUGAGUGCCUGCAAUAAGCAUCGAGGGAGUAUGGGUUAUGUUCGAAUUCGAGGACCGCAGUGCGAGUUUGAUAAGUAAACAUACAAUUCGGCAAAACUGUUUGUCUUCGGUCCCGAAAAGUUGCCGUACGAUUGUAUCGUCGACAGUGGGUACACCUUCAUGUUUCGCACGGGGGUGUUUGCCUUGUUACCGAUCAAUCCGUGGCGCAUGAUCGGAUCGGAAGAGUUGAUCAACAUCCAGCUCUCAAGCUUACGACAGUAACAGUACGAUGAUCCGUUGGCAAGC